AUGAUACAGUCAGACAAAGAAGCAGAUCUUCCAGACCAGGAAGACAAGCUUUCCACUGCAGCCAACCCCAAGAACGGCCUCUCCCAAAUCCUGAGGCUCGUGCUGCAGGAGCUGAGCCUCUUCUACAGCCGAGACGUGAAUGGAGUGUGUCUGCUAUAUGAUCUCCUCCACUCCCCGUGGCUACAGGCGCUGCUCAAGGUUUAUGACUGUCUUCAAGAAUUUAAAGAAAAGAAACUAGUACCUGCUACAACCCACGCACAGGCAUUGUCCCAUGAGGUUAUGGAGUUGUUACGUGGAAUCCAUAAAUCCCCUGAAACCCGAGAGCUGAGACGAAUCCUCCGGGGUCCACACUUUAAGGCCUUGCUCAGUGCUCAUGACACAGUAGCUCAGAAAGAUUUUGAACCUCUUCUCCCCCCACUGCCAGACAAUAUUCCUGAGAGUGAGGAAGCAAUGAGGAUUGUUUGUUUGGUUAAAAACCAACAGCCCCUGGGAGCUACCAUCAAACGUCAUGAGAUGACAGGGGACAUCCUGGUGGCCAGAGUCAUCCAUGGAGGGUUGGCUGAGAGGAGUGGGUUGUUAUAUGCUGGAGACAAAUUGGUUGAAGUGAAUGGAAUUUCAGUUGAAGGACUGGAUCCUGAGCAAGUGAUCCAUAUUCUGGCUAUGUCUCGUGGUACAAUCAUGUUCAAGGUGGUUCCAGUUUCUGACCCUCCUGUGAAUAACCAGAAGCCGGUGUACGUGCGUGCCAUGACUGAGUACUGGCCCCAGGAGGAUCCUGCCAUCCCUUGCAUGGAUGCUGGAUUGCAGUUCCGGAAGGGGGAUAUCCUCCAGAUUGUGGACCAGAAUGAUGCCCUCUGGUGGCAGGCCCGAAAAAUUUCAGACCUUGCUUCCUGUGCUGGGCUAAUCCCUUCAAACCAUCUUCUGAAGAGGAAGCAAAGGGAAUUCUGGUGGUCGCAGCCAUACCAGCCUCACACCUGCCUCAAAUCAACCAUGUUGAUUUCCAUGGAAGAAGAAGAUGACAUGAAGAUUGAUGAGAAAUGUGUGGAAGCAGAUGAAGAAACAUUUGAAUCUGAGGAACUUUCAGAAGACAAGGAGGAAUUUGUUGGCUAUGGUCAGAAGUUCUAUAUUGCUGGUUUCCGCCGCAGCAUGCGCCUGUGCCGCAGGAAGUCCCACCUCAGCCAGCUGCACGCCAGCGUGUGCUGCGCAGGCAGCUGCUACAGUGCAGUGGGUGCCCCUUACGAGGAGGUGGUGAAGUACCAGCGUCACCCUUCCGACAAGCACCGCCUCGUGGUGCUCGUGGGACCUUCUGGUGUGGGAGUUAAUGAACUGAGAAGACAACUUAUUGAAUUUAAUCCCAACCACUUUCAAAGUGCCGUGCCACAUACUACUCGUUCCAAAAAGAGUUAUGAAAUAGAUGGACGUGAGUAUCACUACGUGUCCAAGGAAACGUUUGAGAGCCUCAUGUAUAGUCACAGGAUGCUGGAGUAUGGUGAAUACAAAGGCCACCUGUAUGGCACUAGCGUGGAGGCUGUUCAGGCAGUCCUUGAGGCGGGAAAAGUCUGUGUCAUGGACUUGGAACCCCAGGAUAUUCAGGUGGCUCGAACUCAGGAACUGAAGCCUUACAUCAUAUUUAUAAAGCCAUCUAAUAUGAGUUAUAUGAGGCGAUCUCGGAAAAAUGCCAAGAUUAUUACUGACUACUUUGUGGACAUGAAGUUCAAGGAUGAAGACCUACAAGAGAUGCAGGAAUUAGCCCAAAAAAUGGAGACUCAGUUUGGGCAGUUUUUUGAUCGUGUAAUCGUGAAUGACAACUUGCAAGAGGCAUGUGCCGAGUUGUUGUCUGCCAUACAGAAGGCUCAGGAGGAGCCACAGUGGGUACCAGCAACAUGGAUUUCCUCUGAUGAGUCUUGAUACAGUUUUAACACUGUACCUUGUUACAGAGAUCUAUUACUAGAAUAGCAGCUGCAGUGUAAAAGCAGUAUUCAACCCAUUA